GCUUAUGCAACGUCUUACGAGCGCAUUUCAAACGGUUGAGCUUACAAUGGCUUCUGAUAGUAACAUACAUCCCGGUAGACGGCCUGACCCUAAUUGGGGCUAUUGUGGUGUAAAUUUAACUAUCCACAAUAUCAUAAUUCCUGAGGAACGGCUCUUUCCCACUCCCUCACAAUUAGACCGCUUGGAUUAUGAGACUGAGAUUGACCUACGGAUAGUUGGUUGCGAACUCAUCCAAGACUCAGGGGUUUUGUUACGGUUGCCGCAAGUUGCAAUGGCCACUGCACAAGUCCUCUACCAACGAUUCUUUUAUUCCAAGUCGUUUGUCCGUCAUUUUUACGAACAUUAUGCAAUGGCAUGUAUAUUUCUCUCCGCAAAGCUAGAAGAAUCCCCUAGACGCAUAAGAGAUGUUAUCAAUGUUUUCCAUCACAUACGACAAGUCCGCGAGAAGAAGACUCUAACACCAGUCGUUCUCGAUCAAAGCUACAGCAUUCUCAAAAAUCAAAUUAUUAAAGCCGAGCGACGCGUUCUUAAAGAACUUGGCUUCUGCGUCCAUGCAAAACAUCCCCAUAAGCUUAUCAUUUGUUACUUACAGGCUUUAGAUCAUGAAUCAAACAAAAGUCUCGUACAAGCUGCUUGGAAUUACAUGAACGAUAGUCUUCGAACUGACAUAUUUGUCCGUUACCUUCCAGAAGCAAUAGCCUGUGGGUGUAUUCAUCUAGCAUCAUGUAAAUUGAAUGUUCCGCUUCCACGAAAUCCGGCAUGGUGGGAGAUGUUCAAUGUAAGCGAGGAUUCUGUGCAUGAAAUCACUUUAUGUUUGUUGCGUUUGUACGCCCGCCCAAAGGCAGAUGUUGGGAAACUUGAAUCUGUUUUAAGUCAGCUCAGAAAAUCUCAGAUAGAGGCUAAGGAACGCCAGAAUGAAUUGAAAAAAAUGAAGGCCAAUACAACAUCUCCAAGCGCUAGGUCUGAUCACAGUUUUGGCUAUAUGUCACCACCAAACCGCUCUUCCAAAUCAAAGAGUCAUAGGAAAUCUAACGGCACGAAGAAGGUUACAGAUCUUAAAUCUGAAUCUGGAGAUGUCAGUAACACUUAUCCUCCAAGCUCCCUUUUGGCAAGCGCUUUAGCUAACGCUAAAGCUGUUGCAGCAACAGUUACAGCAACAAAAACAGGUGCAUUUACAGACGACUCACCGAGGUACAGUAUUAAUCCAUUAUCUAUUCCAAUCAGAGAUGAUCUAAGUGACGAAGAAAUAGCUUUGUUGGAAUCAAUGAACACAUUGGAUGAACCCAAUCAUUUCAAAACCAGAUCCGAUGAAGUUCCUGAAAAGUCAGAUAGAUUAGUUCUUGAAAACUCUAUGAAAAUACGGACAAUCGUUCGACCUGCCGCAUAUUCAGACAUCCCCCCUAACCAAUCAGAAUCGAUCAAAAAACAUCGUCAUCGUAAACACAAGUAUUCCACAAGGAGACAUUACAAUUCUAUAUCCCCGUCAUCCUCGUCAUCUGAAAGAGAAACUUUCCAGAAUCGCUAUGACGCAACUAUGUUGACCAAUAACUCUCGACCUCGUAAUUACCGACAGAAAUUAAACGAUGUAUCUACUUCUGGUUCAGAAACAGGGGAUAGUUCCCCAAGUUCUAAUAGACAGAUAGCCAAUGUACAUAAUCACAGGAAAAACUAUAGCACUAAACGUAAACACAUACCACGUUCAUCAUCAGAAGACUCUCAAACAUCUUCCCUUAGUGAUGAUCCCCAUUUUUCCCCAACGCAUAAUAUAGAAAAAUCGAAAAGUGGACGUCGUCGUUUAUCUCCUCCAUAUGCUUAUCGUAUUGAUUAUGAAAAGCCUCACAAAAGCAAACACCGUUCAUCGAUGCGAUCAGCGCCAAACGGUGAAAGUAGGCGUAAUUCGCGCGAGCACUCUAAUCAUCAUUUAUUACGAAGCAGCUUUCGAGAUCAUCGAAGUCUGUUUUCAAUGAGAGAAUCAUCAACUCGGCGAACACUCCCAUCUUUUAUUCGGACUGCUAGUCUUGUUCUUAACUCAUGAAAAUGGAUAUAUGCAGAUCGCUCUGCAAAAUCUUGGUGAGUAAAUAACAGUUCCUAUUAUUUUGUGUACUAAUUAUUAAUUAAAAUAUAAUCUCUUUUCUCACACAAAUAAGUGAUCAAAUAAACUUUAGGCAAUUUGUUAGAUACUUCAAGUCUGGCUUAUUCUAUGGGCCAAGUAGUUUUCUUCAAGAUGUGUACGGACAAAACCUUGUUACUAAAAUAGUUAUGAUUCUUCUAAAGUUAAUAUCAUAUUCUGUAGUUCUCAAAAAACAUAGCAAACAGGUGUCAGCACAUUAAUUCGAAACCUUUUUACUCUUGGGCGUUUUCUUUUCAUCUUCUAAGUACAUUUUCUCGCCGUAGCAAGUACAUCUAUUCACCUGCUGAUGCUAUUUAAUUUAAAAUAAUGAUUAAAAAUUUGCUCAGUGAUUGUGUGAAAUGUAUUUUUACUCUAUAACUUACCUGAAUAAGUGAUGUGUUGUUUAGAAAUAUCAUGAAUGAGUUUGGUUAGUUCCAAAAACCAACUAACCCAUACUGCUAACAGUUCGUAAUCAAAUUAUCUGUCAAACGAGUUGACUUAUAGCGGUCUCUUGGUUCACAGUGGUACGCUGACUGAUAUAAAUAAAUUUACAUUAAUCGAAAUCUUACGUAUCUGUUGUAUAAUUACCAUCGCCAUUUAUUUUUAAAUCAAGAGUUCCGUAAAAUUUAAGAUCUAAAACAAUUUCUGAGAUAUAAACGUAGUUUUGGUUGUACUGGUGCCGGCAAUUGAUAGGGUCCAUUUUUAGGACUUAUUCUCCGAACUUCGCCUGUCACUGUGACACAAAACGGAUUUAUCACCACUUAUUUUGGUAUAUUUUCGUCUCGAAAAAAUAUUAGUCUGACCCACGAUACAAAUAUUUUGUCAGCAGAAAUAACCCUCGCAUAUAAGUGAAACGUUUUACAUAGCCAUAAACACGGAGAUGAUUGAAGUUUUAGCCAGCGUUAUCACACACAUUAGCUCUCCGAAUUAAACUUUUGCUGGUUAGCUAGCUGAUUGUCUAAAAAUUAUUGUCGGAAAAAAUUUAAGGUAUAAGUUUCUACUCCAAGUUAUAAUGGUCGACUUUUUUCUGGUCUACUUUGUUAGUACCAAAUAUUUCAUGGAUUGUGAAGGCUAUUCUGGCUUGGGAGAUGAUAAAAAGUUCUCAUGUAGACAUCGCAAUUUAAACAAUUACAAUAUCUAAGUGGUACAAUAUCUAAGGUAAGUGACUUAAUUUUACUCUCUUAUAUGUAUGUACUACAAAAGGAAGUAUUUUGUUAUAUUCUCUCUCGUACAUGAAAUUAAUAAAUAAUGUCUCUACACAAGACACGUAAAUUUAAGUUGGAAACAGUAAUAAACCUACUCCCCGUAAGUCACGUGGUUCAAGGCAAAGACGUUGGAUCGCUUUAAGUGCAUAAGUAUAGAGAACAGUGGCUUUCGCUGUAUAUUCAGCCAUUUGAAUGGUGUGAUUCUUUAUCGAGCACAGUCCAUGACCUACAAUAAAGAUAUGUGAGAUAUGAGGAAGGUGUAUUUUGAUUUAGUUCAACUAUAAAUUCAGACACAUAUCUUUUAUUUUUAGUUUCCCUAAUCAGUUUCUGUAUCUCUAACCUGAUGUAAUAUCACUGAAUAAAAUAAAUAUUAACUAUAGAAAAAAUCCCCAUUUAGCCGUUUAGAAAACAGAAAGAUUGAGCGAAGAAAUAUUUACUUUUCAAUUAGAUCCUCAUCUCUGGCUCCACUCUAAUAUAUAUAGCAUUUUUUUAUUACAAUACAACAGUUUGCGAAUCAAGUGGCGAUAAGUUUGUUAACAAUAAUUAAAGUGUCAAAAUGUCAAUGGGUUAAUAAUGAACAAAGAAAAUUAAUACACACAAUUAAAAGGUAGAAAUGGUCAGAAUAAAUUAAUUUUACAAGGAUAACACGUAAUUAGAGAUGAAGUGGUUAAAAUAAAUAAAAAAUAUGGACAAUUAUAAUUUUUUAUAGUUUUUAAAGGUUUAGGGAGAGGGGGCGAAGUAGUCCUAUUCAUGCAUUCUUGUAAAGAUGGCCACGGCAAGGAAAGUGGCUGUACUUCUACAGACAGCUGAAGAAAUCGGAAUUCACCUGAAGAAGCCAAGCCUGUGUGUUCAGAAAAAAUUUGUACAGCCACUUUCCUUACCGUGGCCAUCGUUACAAGAAUGCAUAGACAGGACUACUUCGCCCCCUCCCCCUAAACCUUUAAGAACUAUAAAAGAUUAUAAUUGUCCAAAUUAUUUUAUUUUUUAUUUAUUUUGACCACUUUAAUUACGUGCUAUCCUUGUAAAAUUAAUUUAUUCUGACCAUUUCUACCUUUUAAUUGUGUGUAUUAAUUUUCUUUGUUCAUUAUUAACCCAUUGACAUUUUGACACUUUAAUUAUUGUUAACAAACUUAUCGCCACUUGAUUCGCAAACUGUUGUAUUGUAAUAAAAAAAUGCUAUAUAUAUUAGAGUGGAGCCAGAGAUGAGGAUCUAAUUGAAAAGUAAAUAUUUCUUCACUCAAUCUUUCUGUUGUCCUAAUGACUAAAUAUCAGCUACUCUCUUAGCAUCGGGUCUUGUAUGCAUUUCGAUAUAUAAUAUAAAUAUAUAUAUAUAUAUAUAUAUAUAAUUAGAAAGUUUGAAAGUAAAAACCUCAGUUUAAGGGGACCUUUGGUAGCUCUUCGUUUUCUUCAUUGACAAACCAAAAAAAUCUUGAAUGAAUUCUACUCUAAUUUAGUCGUAUAAAAGUGAGUUUCUGCUUCUACUGGUUGUGAUAACUACCCUAAAAGUAAAAACAGUCUGUUCAAAAGGUGUGUUAUCUCUUUCUAUAGUUAGUUGUUCAGUAAAAUGUUCUACGGCUGCAGGCUGACUAUAUGUGAAUGCUACUUUCUUUAUUUCUGGGUAUUUUUCUGAAGUGGUCACUUUGUCGACCACACCAUUUUCCUAUCAUUUCUUUUAAUUUUACUCCCACUUAAUAGUAAAAAUUUCCAUAGCACCAAGUUAUUUCAGCACCGAUGAGAGCUGGAAAUCAAAAUGAAGCGCCUGAUACCGGCAUAUAAGUGCAUCAGAAAAUGACAUUAACAACUAAAUUUAAGGUGUCCUGCGAGCAUUCCAAGGCGAGGAGUUCAUCAACAAAACCAGUGGUGUCCAUGUUACGAAAUCUACUUAUGGAAGUAUCUCAAACAGAUUGAAACGACUGCAAUAUUCAAACGAUUAUAUAGUUUUGAUGCGUAUAUUGCUUCCUUGUUUUCACACUGAAAUAAGAGAUGUUUAGUUUAUAAGGCACUUCGAUUAUUCAUAUACCAGUUUUUGUACGAAGAACUCAAAAAUGUGUUUUAAUAUAUCAUGUGAAAUAUGCAUAUGAAUAAAUUUUUCAUGUAUAUGAAUUAUUUUUUGUGGUUAUGUGUGAAAAUGUAGCGUUGCGUUGGUCUCAGUAAAACUGAAAUGGAGUUUAAAUGUGAACAAAUAAUGUUUAGUCAAAGCGGGAAAUUGAGAACUUCUAGGAACAUUUCAUUUCUGUCUGCGUUUCAUUUUAUGACAAGCCUGAAGUUGAUUAGUAUUUGUUGCUUAAGGUAUGCCAAUAUUAAGGUUAGAAAGCUGUAACAUCGAUUGUUUUAUCUUCUGCUAUGUACCACUAUCCUGCAUGUAGACAUGCAAUUGUCGGUGCUAAUAUGACACUGAUAAUGGAGUAAUUUAGUCUGAUUUUCUAAUUAGUGUUAGAAUUUAGAAGCAUAUUCAAGUUAGGUUAUCACGAUAUGCAUUUACAAAAAGAUAAGGGGUGGUCGAUGCCACAGCGGUCAGGACUCUCGCCGACCAUGCACAU